UUGACGUUAAGGUUUUUCAAUGACGUUUUGUUAAUCGUCUGACAUGUUUAUUAACUGAGGUGUGCACGGUGCUGUUCCUAAAUAGAAUAGUGACUUAUGUGGUGAUCAAAUAUCAAUAAAAUCCUAUCAAAAUGAUGCAAUUCAUGCUACUGUUUAGCCGACAAGGCAAGUUGCGGCUUCAAAAAUGGUAUGUGGCACAUCCAGACAAGCUAAAGAAGAAAAUCACACGCGAAUUAAUCACCACGAUUCUGGCCAGGAAGCCGAAAAUGUGCAGUUUUCUUGAAUGGAAGGACCUGAAAGUUGUGUACAAAAGAUAUGCCAGUUUGUACUUUUGCUGUGCCAUUGAACAAGACGAUAAUGAACUGCUGACGCUGGAAGUAAUACAUCGUUACGUUGAAUUGCUUGAUAAAUAUUUCGGAAGUGUGUGUGAACUGGACAUAAUUUUCAAUUUUGAAAAGGCAUAUUUCAUACUCGAUGAACUGCUUCUCGGUGGGGAGAUACAAGAAACCAGCAAGAAAAACGUCUUGAAAGCAAUAGCUGCCCAGGAUCUUUUACAAGAGGAGGAAACUCCGCAAGGAUUCUUUGAUGACCACGGUUUGGGCUAAAUUCAUUAAUGGCAACUAUCUUAAGACUGUUACUUUUAAGAUAUAUUCUAUUUAAAGCCUACACUAAGCUCGCAAUUUGAAUAUUUAUACGUUUAUAAUUGUAUCAGUCGUUUGAUUGUGUUAAUUUAAUUUUUGAAAUUUGGCAGUUUUUGUUUAUAUUUCUAUUGCGACUAUUAUCAAAUAUCCAAUAGAUGUAUCUACAUUUUCUUAUUUUAUAUAGCAUAAUAAAACAAAUCGAAUAUUUAGUGCAAUACGCUUUAUUUGGAUAUUUCUUAGUAAUAAAAUUUCUCAAGUAUAUUUAGUAAAAAUUAGUAUUAACAUUGAUUUCAAUUAUUCUCGGAUAUAGUAGUGUGAUUUGAAAUUUGUUGCUCAAUGUGUUAUGUAAAAUAUUGUUAUUGUGAUCUUUCAAAACGGUACAUUCCAUAUCGACUAUUUUUGUAUUUUAUAUAGACAGUAUUACACGCUUAUUAGUCUAAUCACCCGCUUAACUCGAUCGUUUUUGAGGAAGACACAUAAUGGUGGUUUCAGAAAUAAAUUCAUAUUUUGUGGAAAAUCUAAAUUAACUUUUUGAAGCGUUUCUGUUAUGUGUUUUGAUAUUUAUUUAAAUAAAAUUAAUAACAUGAAUUAUAGAUAUUGUAAUUUAAAUAUAUAAAAAAUAGUAUGACAAUCUGUAAAUCUUCCUCAAGACGUUAGUGCAAAUAAAUAUUAUAAAUUUA